AUGGGAGAGGUUGUAGAGAUCCAAAAAUUGGAUCAUUCAGCUACUGGUGGUGAUGGUUGGUCAAUGAAAAUUGGGGACGCCGAGCCCGUACUAUCUGAUUGUAGGCUUGGCGACAGCAUUAGCAUUAAUGGUACUUGUUUGACGGUAACUGCCUUUGGCACUGACUGGUUCAAAGUUGGGCUUGCUCCUGAAACACUUCGAAGAACUAACCUUGGUGAUUUGGUAAUCGGAAAUAAAGUAAAUCUAGAAAGAGCGCUUGCGGCUAACGUUAGAUUUGGUGGACAUUUUGUACAAGGUCAUGUUGAUACAACAGGAGAAAUAAUUUCGAUGACUCCAGAAGGAAAUUCUCUUUGGAUCAAAAUUUCACCUUCGGAUCCUAAAUACCUUCGUUAUAUAAUCCCCAAGGGUUAUAUUUGCCUAGAUGGUAUCUCAUUAACUGUUUGCGAAGUUAAUAUUGAAGUUGAUAUGUUGGGUAAAUAUGUAGAAAAAAUUGUUGAGCCUAUGCUUUUGGGGGAAACUAAUGGAGUUGGUGGUUAUUUGGAUAAAUUAGUUACUAGCUAUUUGGAAAAAACAAUCUCCAAGAAAAAUUAUGAAAGCAACGUUAUUAAGAAGGAUGAAUCUUAA